AUGGGUGCUUGCGCUAAACUUCUGCAUGUGGCUCUGCUUCUUCUGGGUACUACUUGUGGUUUGAGUGCUAGUAUACGUACUAGUGGUCAUGGAGAGAGAAACCUUGGUAGUGUAAGGAAUGGCGGUGGUGGUGAUGAUGAUUAUUGCUCAUAUCGAAAUUGGAGGAGUUGUGGGAGUUUCUUUGGAAGAGGGGGUAGAGGUCUUGCUGCAGAUGGUAAAGGAGUGAGUCAUGGUGGAGGUGGAGGUGGUGAUGAUGAUACAGCUAGUGGGUCAAGUUAUGGAGCUGGGGGUGGUGGAGGAGGAGGAGGAGGGGAAGGUGGUGGGGGAGGUCCAACUGGUGGAGGGUUUGGUCAUGGUAGUGGAUUUGGUGUUGGAGUUGGUAUUGGUGGUGGUGGUGGUGGUGGUGGUGGUGGUGGUGGCAGCGGCGGAGGAGGUGGUUGUGGAGGCAUUGGAGGAGGUUUUGGAUAUGGUAGUGGAUUUGGUGCUAGUUUUGGUGGUGGUAGUGAAGGUGGAAUAGGAGGAGGUGGAGGUGGUGGUGGUAGUGGUUUUGGAAGAGGAUCAGGUCAUGGUAGUGGAUAUGGUGUAGGUGCAGGGGUUGGUAUAGGAGGCGUUAAAGGAGGAGGUGGAGGUGGUGGUGGUGGUGGUUUCGGUGAUAGUGGAGGGUAUGGCCAUGGUGGUGGUUUUGGUGCAGGAGCCAGUGAUGGAGGCAUUGGAGGAGCAGGAGGAGGUGGUGGUGGUGGUGGUGGUGCUAAUGGAGGGAUCGGCCAUGGUAGUGGUUUUGGUGCAGGAGUUGGUUUUGGAGGCAUUGGAGGUGGAGGUAGUAAAGGGGGUGGUACUAAAGGUGUUGCUGGUGAAGGUAGUGGCUCUGGUGGAGGUGAGGGUGUAAAUGGUGGUAGUAGUGGUGGUAAAGGUGUUGACAUAGGAGGAGGUGUUGGCCAAGGCUAUGGCGGCAAUAAUGGGAUUGGUAUAGGAUUCGACAUUGGAAUUGGAUUUGGAUUUGGUAUUGGAAGUAGUGGAAUUGAAGAUAGCAGUAAUAAUGGUAAUAAUGAGCCCUAA